GAUGGCGAAUGUCAAUGCACACAAUUUACUCGACUCAUCAUUUGCUAUGUGAUGAUAUUUUCAGCUUGAAGAACAUUCUGUAGCUGGUUUUCACAGCAAGUACAUCGUCCUUUUUUGUGUCCCCUUCGAAAGUAUAAGUUUAUUUUUUCUAGAGCAGACGUUGACGACAGCCACUCGAAAACAUCGCUCUCUAGCCGGCGAGAUGCUAAUUAAAUCAAUAAUUGUCCUCGUUUGCUUGGCUGUUCUAGCCCAAGCGGACUUUAUUAGAGUUCAACUGCAGAAAACCGAAAGUGCGCGUCAGCAUUUUCGAAAUGUAGACACCGAGAUCAAGCAAUUGCGUCUCAAGUACAAUGCCGUAUCUGGCCCGGUCCCUGAGCCACUAUCAAACUAUUUGGAUGCCCAAUACUAUGGAGCUAUCACUAUCGGAACACCGCCACAGAGCUUCAAAGUAGUGUUCGAUACGGGAUCAUCCAAUCUGUGGGUGCCAUCGAAGGAAUGCUCUUUCACCAACAUUGCUUGCUUGAUGCACAACAAAUACAAUGCCAAGAAGUCUUCGACGUUUGAAAAGAACGGCACGGCCUUCCAUAUUCAAUACGGGUCGGGUAGCUUGUCUGGCUACUUGUCAACUGACACCGUUGGGUUGGGAGGAGUUUCCAUCGUGAAGCAAACCUUCGCUGAAGCCAUCAAUGAACCGGGACUGGUGUUUGUUGCGGCCAAAUUUGACGGAAUUCUUGGAUUGGGCUACAGCUCGAUUUCCGUAGAUGGCGUCGUUCCGGUGUUCUACAAUAUGUUCAACCAAGGUCUCAUCGACGCUCCGGUCUUUUCGUUCUACCUGAACCGCGAUCCAAGUGCUGCUGAAGGCGGUGAAAUCAUUUUCGGCGGAUCGGAUUCAAACAAAUAUACCGGAGAUUUCACCUAUUUGCCCGUAGACCGUAAAGCCUACUGGCAGUUUAAGAUGGAUUCCGUCAAAGUGGGUGAUAACGAAUUCUGCAACAAUGGAUGUGAGGCGAUUGCCGAUACUGGUACCAGUCUGAUUGCUGGCCCUGUGUCGGAGGUCACCGCUAUCAACAAAGCUAUCGGUGGCACUCCCAUUAUGAACGGAGAGUACAUGGUCGACUGUUCGUUGAUUCCCAAAUUGCCAAAGAUCUCGUUCGUUUUGGGAGGAAAGUCCUUUGAACUCGAAGGUGCUGAUUAUGUGCUGCGCGUGGCCCAGAUGGGUAAGACUAUCUGUCUGUCUGGUUUCAUGGGAAUUGAUAUCCCACCACCAAAUGGGCCAUUGUGGAUUUUGGGUGAUGUUUUCAUCGGUAAGUUCUACACCGAGUUCGAUAUGGGCAACGAUCGCGUGGGAUUUGCCACAGCUAUCUAGAGGACUGAAUCUUAUUGGUAAUAAUGCUUUAUAAGCUAAACGCUAGGUACAUUUCCAGUUCCAAAAUAAAACUCUGUUCCAAAAGAAGAAUGUGGAUUUAUGAACAAUAAUAAAUUGUGGAUUAUAAAAUUAGUAAAA